AUGCCAGUAGCUGCCUCGCUCUCUCAGUCCUCGGCAACGAAGCAACAGUCCAUCUCUAGCUUCUUUGGCAAGACUGCCCCUGCGCCUACUAUUCAAAUCAAGAAGUCGGCGGCAUUGAACUGUGAUGAUGUACCAAAUGGCGACGAAGACUUACUCGCCGAUUGGUCAGAUUAUAACGAGGAGAAUGUAGUCUUACCGGGUGCUCGAAGAAAAUCGAAUACACAGCUUACAGGCAGUCAACAGGACCACGAAUAUGACACGGACCUCCCCGAGCCAAAAAGGCUGAGGCUAUCUGAUCAAAAGAAUGACAGGAAUGACCAACAUCCGCAGAGCAGAGUCUCGAGUAGUGCUGCCGCCCCUGCUGCCAGCCCUCUCGCAUCUACAUCUGCGAACGGGACGCAAAAAAUAUCUCCAGGAAGGCGAACCUCCAAAUACACCUUCUCUAGCUCGCCUGUUCCUGAUAAUGAAGAUGCGAUGGAAGAUGAAGCCACGCAGAGGGGUAAGGACCAAUUGCACCAAAGAUUUGUACAGAAAUUGGGAAGACCCGAUAGUAUUGCGGAAAUCAAGAGACGGAAUUGGCUUAUUUCGGAGGAGACCCAUGAGGAAGAAGGGCAAGGUGAUGAGCCAGUCGAGGUAGAAGAAGAUGCAAAGCAACCCAAAAGGGGUUCGAAAGGGCAGGCAAACAAGAAAGGGGCAAGCAAGCUCACCCCAAUGGAGAGGCAAUAUCUCGAUAUUAAGCGGAGCCACCUGGACGCUGUCCUGAUCGUUGAGGUCGGAUACAAAUUCAAGUUCUUCGGCGAAGAUGCCAGAGUCGCAGCCAAAGAAUUGAGCAUUGUCUGCAUCCCAGGAAAGUUCAGAUACGAUGAGCACCCAUCAGAAGCCCACUACGAUCGUUUCGCGUCUGCAAGUGUUCCUGUACAUCGUCUGCAUGUUCAUGUCAAACGACUGGUUUCGGCAGGUCACAAAGUUGGCGUUGUUAGACAACUCGAGACCGCCGCAUUGAAAGCGGCUGGCGAUAAUAGAAACGCCCCUUUCACUCGCAAAUUGACAAAUCUGUAUACCAAAGGCACGUACAUUGAUGAUAUUGGGAAUUUAGGGGCGCCACAAGAUGUACCUGCUGGCGGUGCUCCUGCAACAGGCUAUUUGGCAUGUCUCACGGAGAGCAAUGCCAAAGGAUGGGGGACCGACGAGAAGGUGCAUACUGGACUCGUGGCUGUCCAGCCUGCCACUGGUGACGUUAUCUACGAUGACUUCGAAGAUGGAUUCAUGCGUAGCGAGAUUGAAACCAGACUAUUGCACAUCGCACCUUGCGAAAUCUUGAUUGUUGGAAGUCUAUCCAAAGCAACGGAAAAAUUGGUGCACCACCUUUCCGGUAGUAAAAUGAAUGUUUUCGGCGACAAAGUCAGAGUUGAAAGAGUCGAAAAGCCGAAGACAGCAGCUGCUCAAGCCUACAGUCACGUAUCAAAUUUCUAUGCAGGGAAGAUGAGAGUUUCCACCGCAGACGAGGAUGGAAAAGCAAGUAGAACGCUUGAGAAGGUACUCAAUCUUGAGGAGAUGGUCAUGGUUUGUCUAUCAGCCAUGAUAACACAUCUGACAGAAUAUGGCUUGGAACACAUUUUCGAUCUGACCAAGUAUUUUCAAUCUUUCAGUGCCCGCUCCCAUAUGCUGCUGAAUGGUACAAGUCUGACAAGUCUGGAAAUUUACAAGAAUCAGACCGAUCAUACUGAGAAAGGCAGCCUUUUCUGGACUCUCGAUCGAACAAAAACACGUUUCGGUCAAAGACUCCUUCGCAAGUGGGUGGGAAGACCGCUACUCGUGAAGGCCGAUCUCGAGCAACGAGUCGCUGCAAUUGAGGAUCUCAAGAAUAGCGAUCCCCCAAUGAUAGCUGAGAAGCUCAAGCGCAUGCUUUCGCAGAUCCGAACGGAUCUUGAAAAGAGCCUAGUAAGGAUCUACUAUGGCAAAUGCACUCGACCAGAGCUACUUUCUGUGUUGCAAACAUUGCAGCGGAUUGCAAAUGAAUUCGCCUGGGCUCAAGAGCCUUCGGAAGUAGGAUUUCGCUCGUCCGUGAUCAAUGAAGCGAUUGCGAUUCUUCCUACCAUAGCCGGCGAUGUGGUAGGGUAUCUCGAUCAGAUAAAUCCUCAAGCGGCCACCUCAGAUGACAGGUACUCAUUCUUUCGCGAAGAGUCGGAGUCAGACGACAUAACAACGCAUAAGCUUGGCAUUGCAAGCGUCGAACAAGAUCUGGAUGCUUACCGCAGCGUAGCAGCUGAGAAGCUGAAGAAAAUGAAAGUCGAUUAUGUGGUUGUUGCAGGAAUUGAGUAUCUUAUAGAAGUCGACAACCACCAGUUGAAGAAUGUUCCGGCUUCCUGGGCUAAAAUCAGCGGCACAAAGAAAAAUUCAAGAUUUCACACUCCAGAAGUUAUCAGGCUCAUCCGUGAGCGUGAUCAGCACAAGGAGGCCCUGGCUGCAGCUUGCGACACAGCUUUCUCCGAGUUACUUGCCAGCAUCUCUUCUAAAUACCAGUCAUUCCGCGAUUGCAUACAAGCACUAGGGACACUUGAUUGUUUGCUGUCACUGGCUGCAGUAGCUACGCAGCCUGGUUAUGUCAAACCACAGUUCACUGACACUACCUGCAUUGAUGUCAAGCAGGGGAGGCAUCCCAUGGUUGAGCAAUUGCUGCUUGAUGCCUAUGUACCCAACGAUAUUGAUCUUGCUUUCGACCGUACUCGUGGCCUUCUCCUGACCGGGCCCAAUAUGGGUGGGAAAUCUAGCUAUGUUCGUCAAGUUGCUCUCAUUGCAAUCAUGGGCCAGAUCGGCUCAUACGUUCCCGCGGAAUCAGCGACGCUUGGCAUAUUGGACGCUGUUUUCACUCGUAUGGGCGCUUUUGAUAACAUGAUGACUGGUGAAUCAACUUUUAUGGUCGAACUCUCCGAGACCUCGGACAUCCUCAAACAAGCAACAUCACGCUCGCUCGUCAUCCUCGAUGAAUUGGGCAGAGGAACGAGUACGCAUGAUGGGGUGGCGAUAGCGCAAGCCGUGCUUGACUACGUGAUCAGAGAGAAGAGAAGCUUGACACUUUUUAUUACUCAUUAUCAGAAGCUUGCCGCUUCAGCCAAAGCUUUUCAACAUGACGAGCUCAGGAACUUUCAUAUGCGCUUUGAAGAGAGCGAAGGUGAUAAAGAAGAGAUCACGUUUCUUUAUGAAGUUGGCGAGGGGGUAGCUCAUCGCUCAUACGGGCUCAAUGUCGCAAGACUGGCUAAUGUGCCCGAUUCUGUGCUCGAGGUAGCAGCUGUGAAAUCGAAAGAGAUGGAAGCAGAUACCAAAGCGAAGGGUGUAGACCAUCUGUCGCGCUCACUAAGGGGAUUGAUUGAAGGUCACGAGCAGGGAUUGGACGGGCUCUUGAGUGACAUUGAACAACUUUGA